AUGUGUUCCAUGGAGACUGCUGCCAUUGAGAAGCUGACAUGGAAAGACCGUCUUCCUGGAUACUUCAUCAACAUUUCCUCUAUCCUCUUUAUGUUCGGCUUGACGUUUUCAGCAGUUUUCGGCGUCAUCAUCUACCGCAUCACAGUGUCGGCUCUGAUGGCGAUGAGCCCCGACCCGGAGACGAAGUCCAAUGUUCGAGUGACGGUGACGGCCACCGCGGUCAUCAUCAACCUGGUGGUCAUUCUGAUCCUGGAUGAGAUCUACGGCGCUGUGGCCCUGUGGCUGACUGAGCUGGAGAUUCCCAAAACAGAAACCCACUUUGAGGAGCGUCUCAUCCUGAAGGCCUUCUUGCUGAAAUUCAUGAACGCAUACGCACCCAUCUUCUACGUGGCUUUCUUCAAGGGGCGGUUUGCUGGUCGUCCCGGAAAUUACGUGUACGUCUUUAAUGAUUAUCGGAUGGAAGAGUGUGCACCUGGAGGCUGCCUCAUCGAGCUCUGCAUCCAGCUCAGCAUCAUCAUGCUGGGGAAGCAGCUCAUCCAGAACAACAUCUUUGAGAUUGGCAUCCC